AUGAGUGAGCCCAGGGUCGAUUUGCAUAUAACAACUCUGACUUCCUUUCAUUGUCUUUUCCAGGCAAGUGCAGAAACUCUCUUCUGGAAUGAAUCAUCAAAGGAAACAAAUCAUUCUGUGGUGACUGAAUUUAUUUUUAUUGGACUCUCCGAUUCUCAAGAACUUCAGAUCUUCCUAUUUGCACUCUUUUUUGUUUUCUAUGUAGGAAUUGUGUUUGGUAACCUUCUUAUUGUCAUAACAGUGACUUUUGAUUCCCACCUCCACUCUCCUAUGUACUUCCUAUUAGCCAACCUUUCACUAAUUGAUCUGUCUCUGUCGUCUGUCACAGCUCCCAAGAUGAUUGCUGACUUUUUCAGCAAACACAAAGUCAUCUCUGUCAAGGGAUGUCUUGCACAGAUAUUUCUCCUUCACUUCUUUGGUGGGAGUGAGCUGGUGAUCCUCAUAGCCAUGGCCUUUGACAGAUAUGUAGCAAUUUGUAAGCCUCUACGCUACACUACAAUUAUGUGUGGCAAUGUAUGUGUUGGCAUUGUGGCUGCUGCAUGGGGAAUCGGCUUCCUACACUCAGUGAGUCAAUUAGCCUUUGCAGUCAACUUACCCUUUUGUGGUCCCAAUAAGGUUGACAGCUUUUAUUGUGACCUUCCUAGAGUAAUCAAACUUGCCUGUGCAGACACAUACAGGUUAGACAUCAUGGUCGUUGCCAACAGUGGUAUACUCACUGUGUGUUCUUUUGUUCUCCUAAUCAUCUCCUACACUAUCAUUCUAAUGACCAUCCAGCGCCGCCCUUCUGAUAGAUCAUCUAAGGCUCUGUCCACACUGACUGCUCACAUCUCAGUGGUUCUUUUGUUUUUUGGGCCCUGUAUCUUUAUUUAUGCCUGGCCCUUUCCCAUCAAGUCAUUAGAUAAAUUCCUUGCUGUGUUUUACUCUGUGGUCACUCCUCUCUUGAACCCCAUUAUAUACACAUUGAGGAACACAGAGAUGAAAGUUGCAAUGAGACGAUUCUUUGCUAGGGUUAGUCUUAUAGAUUCCAUGGAGUUUCCAUUGCACUAG